AUGACAGAGUGUCGUGGCGCGGCAACUCCACUGGACCCGGGGACAAAAGUUUCAAAACGAGACAGUCCCAAAUCAGAGGAGGCGAGAAAAAGAAUGUCAAGGGUGCCAUACAGAAACCUAAUCGGGUCGUUAAUGUACUUAGCACUGCAUACAAGACCCGAUCUGAUAUACGCCAUAACGAAAUUAUCACAGUUCAACAGCGACCCAGGAGAAAUUCACUGGCACCAAGCGAAACAUGUGUUACGGUACUUACGCAAAACAAAGGGUUACAGAUUGGCCUACGUAGCAAAUGAGAAACCCUCUAUAAGAAUAUACUGCGACGCAGACUGGGCAGGUGAUGUCGACGACAGACACUCUUACUCAGGGAUGGCUAUGAAGAUAGGAAAUAAUACCGUGCAAUGGUACUCUUCCAAACAGAGAUGCAUAGCAACUUCUACAAUGGAAGCCGAAUACAUAUCGUUGUCUCGAGGUGUUAAGGAGGCGAUUUGGGUAAGCAUGCUACUAGACGAAUUACAAUUAUCAGAAUUUAUAAUUCCAGGAGGUAUUGAAAUCUACUCCGACAAUCGAGCCGCCAUAGACUAUUCUAAGAACAGGGUGGAGAAAGCCAAAACCAAACACAUAGACAUUGCCUACCAUAUCGUAAGGGAAAAGGUCGAAGAAGGGUUGAUAAAGAUCGAUUAUGUCGCAACAGAGGAAAACCCAGCGGAUAUUCUAACAAAAGGGCUGAAAUCUUUAUCUCACGACCGUUGA